AUGGAUCAACUGGCCAAGCAGCUUCAACAAACCCGAAUCCAGGACUACACUACAAAACCAACGGGCAAGAACCGCGUCCUGGAUGAUGCCACUCGAGCCGACAGCCUUAUCCGUGACCUGCGCGCGUGUACCGAAAAUAAAGACCUUGGAACAUCCAAGCGUCGUCGAAAGCUUGUGUACGGCACCAAUUAUGACUUGGAUCUGGAACGGGAGGGUCAACACUCGUCAUCCUCCCACGCCUCUCUCGCUAAAUCAAAGACCAGCGGCGCGCACGAGCCCAGGGUUCUGAAGGUCACUUCUUGGAAGAUGAACGAGUACGAUUAUGUCAAGGGGACCUUGCCCUCGUUAGCACGCGGGUUGUUCACCUAUCAGGAUCCAGCACUGCAUCGACUUCCCUCUGCGACCAAAGGUACCACCAAUACCGACGCCGACACCCUCGAUGAUACCGAUGGCAUGCAUCGGAUUCUGAUCCGUGGAUACGACAAAUUUUUCAACGUGGGGGAGGUCCAAAAGACACAACUGGGAUGGAUCGCGGAAAACACAGAGGGACCAUACGAGGUGACGCUCAAGGAAAACGGAUGCAUCAUCUUUAUGGCUGGAUUGCCCCCUCAUCUCGUCGGACCGCAAGGAGGGUGUGUUGUUAGCAGUAAGCAUGCCAUUGGGGUACGAGAUGGGUCCGAGAAGGACGCACAGGCCGAGGCCAUCCAUGCAUCCAAGGGGCGAGAAUGGCUCGAAAAGACUUUAGCCGCUAAGGGUAGGACGUUACAAGAGUUCGGACUCUGGCUGUGGAAUCAGAACCUGACAGCUGUUGCGGAGUUGUGCGACGACAGCUUUGAGGAACACGUCCUCCGAUACCCGGCCGAUAAAGCAGGACUGUAUCUCCAUGGGCUGAACCGCAACACGGCCGUUUUCCAGACUCUGCCGAGCAGCAAGGUCCAGGAGGUAGCUAAGGAAUGGGGACUUAGGCAGACGGGUUAUGUAACCUUUGAUUCAUUCAAGGAGGUCAUGGACUUUACGGAGAAGGUCAGGAAUGCAGGAGAAUACGACAGUCGAGCAGUGGAGGGAUUUGUGGUGCGUUGCAGGACCAAGACGGAAGAAGGCGCCUACUUUUUCAAGAUCAAGUACGAUGAGCCCUAUCUUAUGUACAGAGAAUGGAGAGAGCUGACAAAGCGACUGUUGAACAUCGAGGCAAAGAAGGCUAAAGGUGCAGACAAUGUAGCGAUAUCAGGGGCGCCGUUGCGCAUGAAGUAUCCUUUGACAAAGGCAUAUAUCGAGUUCAUCAAAGAUCUCAUCAAGAAGCAACCCGAGAUUUUUGCAGGAUACAACAAAAAUCAAGGCAUUAUCGCUAUUCGAGACAUGUUCUUGUCAGAGUGGGAGUCCAAGUCUCCGAAGGAUCAGAAGUCGUCGCUUGCUAUGCCCUCGAGCGACAAUGGUGUCACACAGGAGGACUUUCAGCGGACGGUUUUGAUUCCUAUCGCGACCAUUGGAUGUGGCAAAACUACAGUCAGUGUUGCCCUCUCAAAGCUAUUCGGCUGGACCCAUGUCAACAGCGAUGACUUCAACCACUUCAGGAAGAAUCCCGGUCAAAAGUUCAUCAAGGAGGUCGUGAGCCAGCUUAAGGAGAACAUGGUCGUCAUUGCGGAUCGAAAUAACUUUGAGUAUAUGCACCGACAGAGAAUUAUGGAAGCCGUCCGAGGAGAAUAUCCCAAGACUCGGUUCGUAGCACUGUACUGGUCGCAUGAUGACCUACCGAUUGAGCGUAUCAGGGAGAUGGCGAUCGAGCGCGUCAAGAACCGAGGUUCGAACCACCAGUCCUUAACCCCCGAGUACUGUCCCGACUAUGAGUUCGUCAUUCAAAAGUUUUUGCGAUCAUUUGAGCCGUUCAAUCCUAUGAUCGAGCCCGAUGCCAGUUUCAGCAACGUUGUUGAGUCCAAAGCUGGGGAAGAUUCGUUGGCGUUCGUGGAGCGAAUUGUGAAAGAAUUUGCGAUCCCAACGUUAGGUGCGGGAGGAAUCGGUAACAGCCCAGUCCCAGGACCAAAGGAGAUCAAGGAGGCGGUUCGAUACGCCAUAGAGGACUGGAAACCAGAGCGAGUUGCAUCGGGCGAGGCAGAGAGACGCCAUAAGGAGAAGCAGGCGAGCGAGGCAUCACCGGAACAGUCAGAUCAAAGUGCAUCCAGCACUUUAACCGGCGAUACUGCCACUAUGGCUCUUUCUGGAAAGCAGAGGAGGGCAAAAGAACCAAAGUAUUUUGCCAUUGCUCUCGAAUCCGGUUCAGUGCAGUGUUUCCUGGAGGAGCUGAUUGGGCAGACGAACAUCGGAACCAAGAACAACGCACUGUGGAAGCAGUUUAAGGAUCAGUUCAAUGCGUGGAAGGAAAAUCAUAGGGUCGGGAUCUACCAACAUGUUACGCUUAUCCAUACAAGUGCGCGCAAGGAUACAUCACCCAAGAAGGCGCAGAGGGCUGAAGAGCUGUGGAAACUGUACACGGAGGAGACUGCAGGAGUAGUGGCGGUGCCAACAAAGCCAAAAAGCUCAUCGCCAACGACUUCUCCCCCUACCACGUCAAUGUCAGCACUUUCAACCAACUUUGAGCAAUCGCUGUCUGUGUCCUCGUCGCCGGGGGAAGAUAGAUUCACGAGAGUGGAGAAGAGAGGUAGACGUGGCAAGGUUCCGCCUGCGGCCGCCUCUUCUUCCAACACAAUGGCUCCCACUCCUGCUACCCCUCCCUCCAACCCGACAGUUCCCAUUCUAGCUGCCACCACCAUCUCGUCCGCGGGCGGACAACUUGAGAAACCGGAGCUGGAGGCCACGGUCGUUACGGACUAUAUUAUCUGGACAGAAAACAUCAUAGCGCUUCGGGUCUCGAGCGCAAAGAGAGCUGUGAACGGAAAGAUGUAUGAUACUGUACAGCCGAACCUCCAUGUGACAGUCGGUACUGCUGGUGACCAUAUCAAGCCCUACGAGUCGAACGAGAUGUUGCGGCUGUGGAGGGAGAACAUGAAGCACAUUGGAUCUGAGUCGAAGCAGGCAAACGGACCACAGAUCUUCUCGAUCAAGUUGAAUGAGUCCAAGGUCUUUGCGGGACAUUUGAAGGGCAUGCUGUUCUAG